AUGGAGGAAUUAACUGUAGCCACCCUACAAGAACUAAUGGCCAAGAAAGGACAAGACCCAGCAGGGCUGAAGAAACACAAGCUAAUUGCGGCUCUGGUGAACCUAGAUCAGGAUGGGUCACAAAGUUCUGCCAAUGACCCCCCCCCCCCCGGUCUCCCAGCACCCCAGAUGCCAUUCAAUGAGCUCUCCGAAUGGGUGAGAGAAUGACUCGUCUUUUAAAGGCCAAACCCAUAGAAGCAGCAGAACGAGAGCGAGCCAAGGAACUGCCCAUUUGCAGAGUCCAAGCUACAGCCAGUAUACCAGAUGAUAUGUGAUCCUGCAGAAGUUCUGGUUCCCACAGCAGCAUCAAGGUCACACACCAGUUCUUUAAGACCUUCAAUGAUGAAGGGGGGGACAUCGACGGGUUCCUACAGGUCUUCGAAAGGCAGUGCCAACUACACCAGGUAGAGCUCCACGAAUGGGCUCCCAUCCUAGUAGGAAAACUGACUGUCAGAGUGAAGCCGAAAUUACCCGGAGGUAAAGAAACGACUACUGGCACGGUUCACCCCAGACACGUACCGCAGUUUAUUUUCCAACACCGCGCAGGUUGUAAAGGACUGGGUAAGAGAUCAUGAACCCCACACCUUAGAGGCCGCUGCCCAACUUGGAGACUGAUUUCUGGAUACCCAGUGACCAACACACCUACACCCGGGAGCAUCACCAGCCUAUUCUCCCUAAACCAUUCCCUUGGUAACCCAGCCACUGUAACCAACUCCAGGACCCCCAGCCAGAACACCACCCCGUACAUUGCGGGUUUACUUUACCCAAAGGAGCUGCUUCCAUUGUAACCAACCUGGGCAUAUCAAGUGGAACUGUACGAUGCCCUGACCUCGAAAUACAACAACCACCAGAACUCGGUAAGCUACUACCUCAGGUCCUUUCCCCCCCGACAAGCCCACUGUGUAAGCAACCCCCGUGA